CUUACCUACCUCAGUACUACAGAGGCGCAUCGACAUUCACUCGAAGCACAUUCGAGAUAGACCCAUAACUCGCAGCAUUUGAGCAAUUGGCCCUCUUCAAUUGCAUUUUGACCUGGCUCAGGAUAACUCUUAUAAUUGACAACUCGACAAUCCAAAAUGCCUACCAGCCCGCACUCAACAUACUACGAUCGCCGUCUGCGACAGGGCCCUGCGCUUGUACGAGCACGACGGCCCUAUCUUGUCAAAAAUGCCGUGACAGGCCUUGGUCUCUUGGCUGUCGUUGGAAGCAUCUGUACGCACAGAGAGAGAGAGAGAGAGAGAGCUCUGGUGAUUGUCAUCCUCUGCUAACGUGGUCUAGAUUGGUAUACGCUUAACGCCGUUGGUCAAGAUAAUUUCGAAGAUGUCAAGGUCCCAGAUGCGCCCGCGAAGCCAUCUACAUCCAAGUAGACAGUUCACCCAAGUGGCUCGGCCACAUGUACGAUUAAGCGCUGGAAUUUCGACACGGGUGCAAGUUGAAUAAGAGGGCAAAAGGCAGCGUUGCUAUUCAUAAGACAUACAGAGCAAAACGCCCAUAAAACUCCCCAUCCUUUCAUGUAUAACAGGUUUGCCAGCUGUUCUGUGCAGGGUGUGCAUAAGUAUAUGAAGACCUUUGUACAGUGACAAUCAAACAACCGGCUAUCCACUACCUACAAAGUAUAUGCUUUUCGCUCGACUGAUGGCAGUAGACAGUUAUAUACUAGCCGCCGCAGACCAAGGCAAUAUUCUAGUGUCGCUCAAGUCCAAAUAAAAAUAAAAAGACAGCCCGUCCGCGGCGGUCUGAACCGAUCACCUCCCCUGGGUAUCACAAAAUCCGAGUACAAAAGCAAGAUGCCCCAUAGUUUUGCCAAUUCAGUCCUAUCCGAAGGAUAUGUUUAACCACAAAUCCUACACACUUAACGUCUAUGUAGCUGCUGCUUUGGUACCGCGGUUGACGCCGGGCAGAUUGUUGCCGACCCGUUUGGCUUGGUGAGCCGGGCUAAGUAACGUUCUUGUCAAUUCUGGAGACUCCGAUAGUCGUGCCGAAAGUGAAGGAGACUGCUUGAUUUGGGCGCCAGGAGGCACAGAAGCUUGGUGUGCACCGCGGCUGGUCAUAUCGUCUGGAGGUGCCUCCGUUGGAGUAGCUGUAGGAAGCAUCUUGUGAAGUAAGUGAUUUGGAUUGGCCCACGGCGUCUCUCGAAGGAAUUGUUCACCAGCGGGUCCGAGGCGAUCGAAUGGCUGAGCAUAGUAUUCCUCCCGUCGUUGGUUUACUGGCUUAUGCCGUGAUCGCUUAGCUCGCUUACAAUAGUCAGCUCAGUGCUCUGGGAGCUGACCCGCGUUAUCAACGUACCUCAAUGGCAGCUAUAUCGUCUUCUAGUUCCGA